AUGAACAAAAGGACAAUCAUAGAAGACUUAAAUGGGUUGAAUGUUUCAAGACUUUUAAUGUAAAUAAAAGAAGGUAACAUUUAAUAACAUAUUAGUAACAUAAGAUGAGUUGUAUGAAGAUAUGACAUAAUUGAAAACAAGAGCGUUAGGAUUAUUAAAAGAAUAUUAAUCUUCUUUAUAAUAAAAAGAGAAUAUUAGAUAAUUAAGUUAAUAAAUACGUAAAGAUGUAACAAACAUCAGCAAUGAUUAUAGUUAAAUAAUUGAAAAGAUGAAUAAAAGUAUAGAUUACAUAUUUAAAUCGAUUGAGAGUAUCAUAUCAUUUUAAAAGAAUAAGAAAGUAACGAUUUAUGAAUUUAUAAAGAAAUGAAUAAAAUGUUCAAUUUUGGUCGAAGAAUUUCUUGAAAAGGAUCUCCAAUUUAUGUACUAGUUUCAUUUCUGAUAAAAUUUGAACCAUCUGGAAUAUCUAUGGCUUAUACCAGUAUUAUCGAUGUUAAUUGUAGAAUAUCAUUUAUAAAGGACUAAAUCUAAUAAAAUUAAACUGAUAAAAAAUAUAGUUAAUUAGUAAUAAUUGAAAGAGUGGAUGCUUUAUAAGAAGCAUUGAAUUUAUAUAAAAUUGAGAAAAUUAGAUUUAUAAUCAAAAAAUAGAAUAUUAUAAUGACUUAAUGUUAAUAUGAUACUGCUGAUUUAUAUUAAAUGUUACAAAAAGUAGAAUCAUUCAAAGAGUAAGAAAAAAAUUAUAAAAUUAAUCAAUAAUAGAAGAUAAAGAUAUAAAAAGAAGAUUUUUCGAUUUAGCAUUAAAAAUAAAGAGUGAAUUACCUAUAAAUCAUCCAAGUAAAAAAGUAUUGGUAUCAAUUCUAUAUGAAAAUGGUUAAAAUAUAGAUGUAUCAGAAUGGUACGAUUGGAUUCUUAAUUUAUGA